AGGAAUACUAUUCAAUACUCACUAUUUGAUUAUAUGAAAUCCUUUUCAUGACUAAAAAAAAUCAAGGGACAUGUUUGUCACCAUAUUUAGAUAAUGACCCCUUUAUGAUCUGAACGAAGCAUCUUUUCUCCCCAGGCCUGGUCAAACUGAAGGGGUUGAGUCAGAUAGCUGUCUCCUCCUUUCCCCGUGCCAUUGGCCAAUUUCACAUAAAGAAAUCUCCGACAACGUGACCACUGUGUACAAUCAGAGAGCAUGAUAGGGCUAGAAUAGUUAUGGCACAUUUGCUUAUUCUCAGAGAAAACGGUACCUCAGUAAUCGUGCUUUCUAAGCCCAAAUUCCAGCGAGGGAACUUUAAGCACAACAGCAAUAAGUCUGCAUCAUCUCUGCACCACUAUUGUGUUGUUUAACAUCAAAUAGCACGAUGAAGCCCAACUCAACAGUCUAAUUACAACUAAUUAAUUUUGGGAACGCACAGCGGCAGUUUGUGUGGCCUCUGCAGCGGAAUGAACGUGGGCGCCCAAACGAAUCGCUUUAGCACUUGAAGUCGGCUAUAUGUGUUGGCUAAACCUGCUCUUUUGCAUAGGACGCUGUCGAUAUGGUUGUAACGUUAAAUAUCCGGCUAUGAAAAGAAAGCUUUCAAGCAACUACGAACUAACAUUAACGUAGUUUAUUAUUGUUAUCUGAAUGGUGGUAAAUUAGCUAAUAGUACUUAGAUGGCUUAAGUGAGUUUGAAAACUGACAAAAUACAGCUUCAAAAUGUUUCAAUAAAUGAAUACAAAUAUUACUCUUAUCAUUUGAAAAUGUACACUAAUCUUAUAAAUUAAAGUAUUUAUUUAAUUUUAAGCCUCCGCCUUUGUCUUUUUUUUUUUCCUCGCAUGUUUUCCCUCGGAGUUCCUCCCCCUGCGGCGCUGGGCGGAGUUUCAUACCGAACCAGACGCUCCUUUUGUCGGAUUCGUUUCGAUCUGACUCCCCGGGGUUUACGGCUAAAAAACAGAUCCUUAAAUACAAUAAAACUGCGUAACACGAAGACGUCGCUAAUCAAUAAGUCCAUCCGUGACGGGGUUUUGAAAAAGCCACUUGGCCACUGAAGUGUCAAGGUGGAUCUUACUGAACUGUCAUCAUGAAUGGCAGCACUAGUGUGUCUGGCUCUCAGACUGGACGAAUCAAAAGUGAAUCAGUUGUAGAUACAUGGAGCAAAGAGGACUGUCUGACACUGCUGGAGAGGAUACGCAGUCUGCUACCUGAUGGAGACACAAUGAAAUAUAAAACCACAGAGUCUCAUUUUGACUGGGAGAAAGUGGGGUUUGGGGGUUUCACUGGAGAUAUGUGUAAGCAGAAAUGGCAAAAAGUUUCCACAGAGGUGCGUAAAUACAGAACAAUGACAGAGCUCAUUGUGGACGCUAUUGAAUAUGUGAAGAACCCUUACAAAGGGAAGAAAUUGAAGACCCACCCAGACUUCCCAAAGAAACCCCUUACACCCUACUUUCGCUUCUUUAUGGAGAAGCGAGCCAAGUAUGCAAAAAUCCACCCCGAGAUGAGCAACUUGGAUCUUACCAAGAUUCUGUCCAAAAAAUACAAGGAGCUUCCUGAAAAGAAGAAGCUCAAGUACAUUCAGGAGUUCCAGAGAGAAAAAGAGGCUUUUGAGAAGAACAUGGCACGAUUCAAGGAGGACCACCCAGAUUUAAUAGAGGAGAGAAAGAAAUCAGACCUCCCAGAGAAGCCCAAGACCCCUCAGCAGCUGUGGUACAACCAUGAGAAGAAGACCUACAUGAAAGUUCACCCAGAGGUGAGUCAGAAGGAGCUGAAAGAAGCAUUACGGAGACAGUGGUCCCAACUCCCAGACAAGAAAAGGUUGAAAUGGAUCAGUAAAGCAUUAGAGCUGCAGAAACAAUAUGAGGACAGCAUGAGAGCAUAUUUUGAAACUCACCCAGAUGCAAACUCUGAGGAGCAUGUCAAGUCUGUCCUGACCAAGGCUGAACGGCAGCUCAAGGACAAGUCUGAUGGCCGACCAACCAAACCGCCACCGAAUGGGUAUUCUCUGUACUGUGCUGAACUAAUGGUAAACAUGAAGGACGUGCCAAGUACAGAGCGAAUGGUGCUAUGCAGUAAGCAGUGGAAGAUUAUGACUCAGAAAGAGAAAGAUAUGUUCCAGAAACGAUGCGAACAGAAAAAGAAACAGUAUGAGAUUGACCUUCAGAGGUUUAUUGAGAGUCUCCCAGAAGAGGAAAGGGAUCGUGUGUUGGGGGAGGAGAAGCUGGGAGGCACCAAGCUGGGCUUGGCGGGUGCUGGCAGUCCCCUUAGGGCUAAAUCCCCAUCUGUGAAGGGUCGUGACCCUGAGCUGGAUCAUGGGGCACAUGGGCUUUCAAAAGAGAAGCGAGAUGGUAAGAAGAAAACACGGCUCCCUGAAACGCCGAAGACUCCUGAGGAGAUGUGGCAGCAGAGCGUGAUAGGAGACUAUCUUGCAAAAUACAGGAAUGACCGGAAGAAAGCACAGAAUGCAAUGGAAGCUGCUUGGAAGGCCAUGGAAAAGAAGGAGAAGAUUCCUUGGAUCAAGAAGGCUGCUGAGGACCAGAAGCGAUACGAGGUUCAGUACCGGACCGUGAGAGAGCUGUUAGAGAUGAGGACGGCUCUGUCAGGACAGGGACAAAGAAAACCGAAAUUUGAUGGAGAGCCCAAAAAGCCACCUGUGAGUGGUUAUCAAAUGUUCUCUCAGGAGCUCCUAACCAACGGCGAGCUAAAUCACUUCAGCCUGAAGGAGCGCAUGGUGGAGAUCGGCAAACGAUGGCAUAAGCUUAGCCAGAGCCAGAAGGACAAAUAUAAAAAACAGGUGGAGGAGCAACAGCUAGAGUACAAAGCUGAGCUUGAAGCCUGGCUAAAGUCACUUUCUCCUCAGGAGCGUGCAGUUUAUAAAGAGUUCUCCACUACAAAACGGCGAAGCACAACGAAAGCACGAGGUUCUGGGGGAAAAGUCUGUGUCACCAAGGGGAAGGCGGUAGGUGCCAGAGCCACGCCGGUGGGUGUCGGGGGGGGCAAGCGUUCUAUGGCGUACCGGGCCAAGCAGGACACAUCAGACUCAGAUGAUGAUGAUGAAAAAACAGACACUUCAGACUCCGAGGAUGAAGAUGAUGAAUCAUCUGGGAGCUCAGAUAGUGAUGAUGAUGAUGAAGAUGAUGAGAAUGACGACGAUGAAGACGACGAUGAUGAUGACCAGUCAGAUGGCUCCAGCAGCUCAUCAUCUGAAGACAGUAGUGACUCUGAUUCGGACUAACCUGUCCCACCCCCUCAUAGAGGGGGCUGUGCCGGACACACCCCCUAGCAAAAUCCCUCCAAGAAAAUGGGAGGGGGCCUUGUAGCUGUGAGCUCACAGCAUGCAGUAAACUGGUUCCUUAUCGUAACAGGGCGAGAGACAAGAUGGGGGACAACAGCUCACCCCAUCACCAUGUCCACAUGAAAGGCAAAGUCAUACGGACAACUUUUUUUUUCUUUUAAAGGAGCUGUGUUACUUGUGUGGUAAUAGCAACUAUUUUUAUUGCCUUUAUAUAGGUGUAUUAUUAAAAAUCUGUGUUGGCUGUUUGUUUUGUCUUUUUUUAUUUUAACUAGAAAAAUAAUUAAUUUGAUUAUGACGGUUGAGCUUUUAUAAAUUUUGAAAGCAUCAGGGUUGCUCAGAGUUGGAUGCUAGGCGUGAGAAACUUUGAAAUGGAGGAGAUGAAUCCUGUUCAUAUUUGGUUGCCUCAGUCAGUUGCUGGGGAUAAGAGGGCUAUACGAGCUGCUCACUCUUGUUUGGAUCAUUCUGUUGCAGAUCCCCUGUAAUAAAUGCACUUUUUUUUCUCUUGUAUUCAUUUGUGUAUUUUCAGAUACAUGAGGAAAUUGAUAUUCACAUACAGUUGAAGUCAGAAGUUUACAUACACCUCAGCCAAAUACAUUUAAACUCAGUUUUUACCAUUCCUGACAUUAAAUUGUAGAAAACAUUCCCUGUCUUAGGUCAGUUAGGAUCACUAUUUUAAGAAUGUGAAAUAUCAGAAUAAUAGUAGAGAGAAUGAUUUCAGCUUUUAUUUCUUUCAUCACAUUCCCAGUGGGUCAGAAGUUUACAUACACUUUGUUAGUAUUUGGUAGCAUUGCCUUUAAAUUGUUUAACUUGGGUCAAACAUUUUGGGUAGCCUUCCACAAACUUCUCACAAUAAGUUGCUGGAAUUUUGGCCCAUUCCUCCAGACAGAACUGGUGUAACUGAGUCAGGUUUGUAGGCCUCCUUGCUUGCACACACUUUUUCAGUUCUGCCCACAAAUUUUCUAUCAGACUGAGGUCAGGGCUUUGUGAUGGCCACUCCAAUACUUUGACUUUGUUGUCCUUAAGCCAUUUUGCCACAACUUUGGAGGUAUGCUUGGGGUCAUUGUCAAUUUGGAUAACCCAUUUGCAACCAAGCUUUAAUUUCAUGGUUGAUGUCUUGAGAUGUUGCUUCAGCCACACAAUUUUCCUUCCUCAUUAUGCCAUCCAUUUUGUGAAGUGCACCAGUCCCUCCUGCAGCAAAGCACCCCCACAACAUGAUGCUACCACCCCCAUCUUCACGGUUUUGGAGCAGUGGCUUCUUACUUGCUGAGCAGCCUUUCAGGUUAUGUCAAAAUAGGACUCAUUUUACUGUGGAUAUAGAUACUUGUCUACCUGUUUCCUCCAGCAUCUUCACAAGGUCCUUUACUGUUGUUCUGGGAUUGAUUUUCACUUUUCACACCAAACUAUGUUCAUCUCUAGGAGACAGAAUGCGUCUCCUUUCUGAGCAGUAUGAUGGCUGCGUGGUCCCAUGGUGUUUAUACUCGCGUACUAUUGUUUGUACAGAUGAAUGUACCUUCAGGCAUUUGGCAAUUGCUCCCAAGGAUGACCCAGACUUGUGGAGGUCCACAAUUGUUUUCUCAGGUCUUGGCUGAUUUCUUUUGAUUUUCCCAUGAUGUUAAGCAAAUAGGCACUGGGUUUGAAGGUAGGCCUUAAAAUACAUCCACAGGUACACCUCUAAUUCAGUACACCUUUUAUCAGAAGCUAAUUGUCUAAAGGAUUGACGUCAUUUUCUGGAAUUUUCCAAGCUGCUUAAAGGCACAGUUAACUUAGUGUAUGUAAAUGUCUGACCCACUGGAAUUGUGAUAUAGUCAAUUUAAAGUGAAACUAUCUGUCUGGAGACAAUUGUUGGAAAAAUUACUCAUGUCAUGCACAAAGUAGAUGUCCUAAACGACUUGCCAAACUAUAGUUUGUUAAUAUUAAAUCUGUGGAGUGGUUACGAAAUGAGUUUUAAUGACUUCAACCUAAGUGACUUCUGACUUCAGCUGUACUCUCUUGUAGGACUUUUAGUAUAUGGAUAGUAGUGUGUACCAAAAUGUGUCAAAUGUUUAAAUAAGUUAUUACAAAAAAUGAUAGAGGCCUUUUAAAGGAUGCUCCUGUCUUUGCUGAUUUGAGAAAGCAUGUAUGCAAAGGAAAGAUUCUUUUAUAACCAUAUUUUAACUUGCUUUAAAGAAAUGUUUCUGGUUCAAUACAAGUUAAGCUCAAUCAACAGAAUUUGUGGCAUGUUGAUUACCACAAAAAUUAUUUUGACAUCCCUUCUUAAAAAAAAAAAAGCAAA